UGUCUCCAUCAAAAGCUUGCACCUACAUAGUGCCCUUCCCCUGCCACCGUCACUUUUUUCUUUGCAUCCAACAGGAAAAAUACUCCCAAUUCCCCUUUUGCUUAUGGCACCAAAUGAUGUCUGGAAACUGAAUAAUCUUAUUUGCAGUUGAAUAAAGUUACAAUCUUUUGUGAGUUCACAAAAUGGGUAGGAGUGAUGGUUUUGUGUCUCCACCAGAACAGCCACCAUAUUUUCUAAACCCUCCUUUUCCACCCACUGUUCGAUCUGAUGGUUUCAGUUUGAACGAUAAGGCCUUGAAGGUUAGUCCAAGCAUCCUUCUGAUCAUUAUAAUUCUUGCUAUUGUUUUCUUCAUUUCUGGUUUGCUGCACCUGCUGGUUAGAUUUCUGUGGAGGCCCCAAAAUAGAGAGCCUGAUGAUUUGGACAAUGUGACUGCUCUCCAAGGCCAAUUGCAGCAACUGUUCCACCUCCAUGAUGCUGGGGUUGACCAGUCCUUCAUUGACACCCUCCCUGUGUUCCUCUACAAGGCCAUCAUAGGACUCAAGAACCCCUUUGACUGUGCCGUUUGUUUGUGUGAGUUUGAGCCUGAGGACAAGCUAAGAUUGUUGCCAAAAUGUAGCCACGCCUUUCACAUGGAGUGUAUUGACACCUGGCUCUUGUCUCACUCUACUUGUCCUCUUUGUAGAGCCACCUUGCUCCCUGAGUUCUCUGCCAGCAACACAUGUUCUCCUAUUGUUCUUGUACUGGAAUCUGGGAGUGAGAGCUCAAGGGAGAUUGUUCCCGAGGCUGCUGUUGGAAGGACCAGUUCGGUUAUGACAACAAAUUCUCGCAUUGGUUGCCGUGGAGAUAGUGAAUUUGGAUCAACCCGUGUGGAUUUGAAAUCAGGUGAGUUGUUGGUAAGUGAGAAUCCUGAUCCAACAGUGCCAAAAGGUGUGGACAAAGUGGUGACUGUGAAGCUGGGGAAGUUCAGAAGUGUGGAUGGUGGAGGUGGAGUUGGAGGUGGAGUAGGGGAAGGGAGUAGUAGCACUAGUACCAACAAUGUGGAUGCUAGAAGGUGUUUUUCUAUGGGGUCAUUUGCUUAUGUUAUGGAUGAGACUUCCUCAUUGCAAGUGCCCAUACGAACUCCUAUGAAGAAGCAAUCUAGUAAGAAGAAGUCUGGUUUGCCGUUGACUCCAGGGCACAGACCUGCAAUGUCAGAAUGCGACUGUGAAUCCAGAAGGGAUUUCAAGUUUGCAGGCUUUGAUGCAACUAUAGUUGAGGAUGAUGUUACUAGUAGUACUGGGGCUGCAAGUACAGUUUGUAAUGGGAAUAGUGCUGCUAUUGCAAGGAGCAGAAAGGAGAGUUUUUCUAUAUCCAAGAUUUGGCUUAGGGGGAAGAAGGAUAAGCCAAAUGCAGUGGCGGAUUCUUCUAGAAGGGCUGUUUCAUUUCGCUUCCCAGUCAAGUCUAGUGUUGGUGCUGCUUCUGGUAGUGCUGAUGAUGAUUUGAAGGUCAAGAGUUGCAAGUUUGACACAAGGAGUACUAUUUCUGAGAUGGAUAUUGGGAAGUGGGAAAAUGGAGGAGGAAGUGAGUUCGACUAUGAUGAGGAAAACCAGAGUUGUUAUAGCAUGGAUUCUCAAGCUAGGGCGCCAUCUUUUGCUAGAAGGACUUUACUUUGGCUCACAGGAAGACAGAAUAAGGUUGUUCACUCUGCCUCCAACCUCUAGUUUAUCUCUUUUGCUAGUUUAUUUAUUUUUUGGAACCAUUUUUUGCUUUGAUUUUAUAGUUCUGGAAUCUAAAUUUGUUAAAUAGAAUGUUAGUGGUAGAAAGUUGCAAGAGAAAUGGAAAGGUGAAAUGAGUUGGGAGAUCUGAAUACAGUGUUUCUGCUUUGAAUUUGUUGCUGUUCCAUUGAAUAUUAGUCCAACGCGGAUGAGGGUUAAAAAAAUGUAGAAGAAGAUUCUUUUAGUUUCCUCAUCGUUGAUUUCUCUGUCAAACAUUUUACAUUUCAGUUUUCACUUGAUAUUGUAAUCUUGUAAUAUUUUGUAAAUUUUCUCUGAUUCUCUUAAUCAUAUCACCGGUAGUUAUGUUCAUG